CAUAGUUUGAUGAACGUUUUUUGACAUAUAUAAAUAAUUUGAUGUUUCAUUUAAAUAUUUAAAAUCAUAAAUAAUAACUUAACUUUUAGUUGAGUUUAAAACAAUUUUUUUUGCUUUUACUUUAAACCGGUUUAAGUUUAAUUCGUGAAACACUAUAACUUCACUUGGUGACUACUAGAAGAAUGAAAAAAAUGAACAAAAUAAAAAAUAAAAUUUCAAUUGAGAAAUUGAAAAAAAAAUAAAAAAAAAUAUGAAUUUUUGCUCAAUUUAUUCUUUAUCAAAAUUGCAUAGGGAAAUUUUUCUUACAAAUUCAUUCCUCCAUAGAAAAUUUAGAAAAAAAAGUGGGAUCUACCUUUCAAUAAUUUGACUAAAAUUUCAACAUAAAUGGUAUAAAUUUUGAGGAACAAAGAAUUCACCAUAAUUUUUUUCUUUCAACAUAUUCACUAAUUAGAAUAUAAUGCUGAUUUUUGGAUUAAUAAGACAUAAAAUAAUUAUUCAUAAGAUGAUUAUGCUCGUAUGUGCAGGGAAAACACCUAGUAAUACAUAAUACAGAAUUACAACAACUAAAUUGGGUGUCUAGUAGUACAUAUCACAAAAUUACAACAACUAAAUUGGGUGUCUUAUCCGGUUGAUUAACCUGAACCGAUACUGUACUAGAAUUAUAGAUUAGAAAAAUAAACCGGAUUGGACCGUCUCUGUAAACGCAACCACCACCACUCUCGCUGCAGUCGAUAUACAAAUACGCCGUCAUUAAUACGACAGGUGGUUGUUCACGCGCGACAAGAUUUAGGGGACUUUGGUCGGAGAUAUGUUAUUGAGCUGUCCGACGGUGAAGCUGAUUGUGUUCCAGCAACGGCGCACUUUCACCUCUUCUUUAGCAAAGCGUUUCAGCUUCAAUGCACAACCACUCACAGAGUCUCAAGCUCAGGCUGCUUUGGAUAAGGAGUGCAUUGAUUUCUUACCUUGGUUAGAGCAAGUUGCUGGAGCCAAGAUAACUAACACUCUUUCCAUUGGUAAAUCCCCCUAUGGCAGGGCCUUGUUUGCCUCAAAAGUAAUCCAUGCCGGGGACUGCAUUCUUAAAGUCCCUUUUAAUGCGCAAAUAACUCCGGAUGAGCUUCCAACUGAUAUCAAAGUUUCAUUGACCGAUGAAGUUGGAAACAUAGGAAAGCUUGCUGCUCUUGUUAUGAUCGAGAUAAACGCUGGUCAAAACUCUCGAUGGUUUCCUUAUAUCAGCCGACUUCCUCAGCUUUCAGAUAUGCACAGCACGAUCUUUUGGGAUGAAAAUGAGUUCAGCAUGAUUCGUUGUAGCGCAGUUCACAAGGAAACUGUAAAACAAAAAGCUCGGAUAGAAAGGGAAUUCUCACUUGUAUCACAAGCAUUCAAGGAACAUCUUACCAGUGCCAUUGAACGCCCAUCUCUGGAAAAUUUCAUGUAUGCAUAUACAUUAGUGGGAUCACGUGCAUGGGAAACCUCGAGAGGCAUAUCACUGAUUCCGUUUGCAGAUUUCAUGAACCAUGAUGGACUUUCUGCAUCGAUCGUCUUGACUGAUGAAGGCAACCAACUAUCUGAGGUCACUGCAGAUCGUGACUACAGUCCUGGUGACGAGGUUCUCAUUAGGUAUGGAGAAUUCUCAAAUGCUACACUCAUGUUGGAUUUUGGAUUUACCCUUCCUUACAACACUCAUGACGAGGUUCAAAUCCAAAUGGAUAUACCAAAUGAUGACCCUCUCCGCAACAUGAAGCUGGGACUUCUCCAGACCCACUACACAAGAAGUGUCAAAGAUAUCAAUAUCUUUCACUCUUCUUAUGAUACUUUCACAAUCAAGGAAGUGAAAUCAGCUACAGGGAAAGGAAUUCCUCAGUCUCUCCGAGCAUUUGCACGUCUUCUCUCUUGUACCUCUCCUCAAGAGCUAAAUGAUUUGUCAAAAGAAGCUGAGCAAAAUGAUGGCCGGCUAGCUCGGCUUCCCUUUAAAGACAGGAGCAGAGAGUUGGAGGCACAUAAGAUCAUCUUGGCUCAUAUCAACAGUUUAAUUGUGGAUCAUAGUGUUUGCAUCAAGGAACUAGGAGCAUCUAAUUUCCGUUUUGAAUCACAAAGGCUUACUGUUAGAAGGCAGAUGGCAAGAGAGCUCAUCUUUGGGGAGCUUCGUGUUCUGAGAUCUGCAGCUGAAUGGCUUAUUCAUUAUUGCACAAACUUGUUUUCAGCACCUUAAACGAGCCCUAUUACUUGUAUAAGUAGUCGAGUUUACUUUCUUCCUUGGUCAGAAUGUGAAAAAGGAAAGGAUGAACAUGUAUGUUGGAUCUGGAUGGUAACCACGUGUAUGUUAAGAUCAUGAGAAUGCAAACACAAUCUAUGAUUCUGUUGCUUGACUUUGAGUUAAAAGAGCUAUUAGUGACAA